AUGGCUUCCCCGUACUCCACCAUGCAGAUCGCCGCCGCCUCUCCGGCCGUCAUGGCUGCCACCCCCAACGCUGCGCUGCAAACUCAGGCCCAAACUGCACUGGCCCAGCUCGCCGAGGACUUCGCCGUGCUUGAGGACUCCGAUCCCGUGAGCGCCUUCGAGGUCGCCCGCACUCCCAUGCGCCGUCGCGGCGGCACACUGCGCCAGGGCAACUUUGAGUACCCUUCCUUCAGGCAGUCUCGCAUCGCCGCCGCUGUCUGCGGUUGA